AGAUAUAUAAAUAAUUAAUAUCACCCCACCCCUACGCACCCCCUCAAACUAAGUAGUCUUUAGUUUCAAGAGACUUCUUCGUCUCCUGUACGCUCUUACAGAUCGAUCGAUCGAUAAAAUUCUGCAUUUUCUCCUCGUUCAUGAUAAAUUUUCAGAUCUGAGAAUCGAAAUUUUCUAGGGUAAAACAAUGGAGGAUUCGAAACGGAAGAUUUGGACUGUGCAGUGUGUCUUGCUUUUGUUGAUCGGUUUAUGCAUUUCUCAGCUCUACGCUUCCGACGAUGUGAAAUUCUAUGACUCGUUUGACGAUGCAUUUGACGGGCGGUGGGUUGUGUCCAAGAAGGAGGAUUAUACAGGUGUGUGGAAACACUCAAAGAGUGAGGGACAUGAUGAUUACGGGCUUCUUGUGAGUGAGAAGGCCAGGAAACAUGCAAUUGUAAAGAAACUUGAUGAACCUAUUGACCUUAAGGAUGAGACUGUUGUCCUUCAAUAUGAGGUUCGCCUCCAGAAUGGUCUUGAAUGUGGUGGUGCUUAUCUCAAGUACCUGCGUCCUCAGGAUGCUGGCUGGACUCCCGAGGGAUUUGAUAAUGAAUCUCCCUACUCGAUAAUGUUUGGGCCUGAUAAAUGUGGGUCUACAAACAAGGUUCACUUCAUUUUGAAGCAGAAGAACCCUAAGAGUGGAGAGUUUGUUGAACACCACCUCAAGUAUCCACCAUCUGUGCCUUCUGACAAAUUGACCCACGUCUAUUCUGCUAUCCUGAAACCAGAUAAUGAGUUGAAGAUCUUGAUUGAUGGAGAAGAGAAGAAGAAGGCUAAUUUUCUCUCAGCUGAAGAUUUUGAGCCACCACUCAUCCCUGCUAAGACCAUUCCUGAUCCAGAUGAUAAGAAGCCUGAGGAUUGGGAUGAGAGAGCGCAAAUCCCUGACCCAGAGGCCAAGAAACCAGAUGACUGGGAUGAGGAUGCUCCAAUGGAAAUUGAAGAUGAAGAUGCUGUGAAGCCUGAGGGAUGGCUGGAUGAUGAGCCCGAGGAUAUUGAUGAUCCUGAUGCCACAAAACCAGAAGAUUGGGAUGACGAGGAGGAUGGUGAAUGGGAGGCUCCUAAAGUGGAUAACCCCAAGUGUGGAGAGGCGCCCGGAUGUGGAGAGUGGAAAAAGCCAAUGAAAAGGAAUCCCGCUUACAAAGGAAAAUGGCAUGCACCCCUCAUUGACAACCCCAAUUACAAGGGUAUUUGGAAGCCCCAGGAAAUUCCGAACCCUGACUACUUUGAGCUCGAGAAACCAAACUUUGAGCCCAUCGCAGCCAUUGGCAUUGAGAUCUGGACAAUGCAAGAUGGCUUGUUGUUCGACAAUAUUUUGAUAGCUUCUAAUGAGAAAGUUGCAGAAACCUACCGGCUAAGUGCAUGGAAGCCAAAAUUUGAGGUAGAGAAAGAGAAACAAAAGGAGGAGGAAUCUACUGAUUCAGAGGGUCUUAAAGGGAUCCAGAAAGUGGUAUUUGACUACCUUUACAAGAUUGCAGACCUCCCUGUGUUGGGUGAUCACAAGGUCAAGGUCUUGGAGCUUAUUGAGAAGGCUGAGAAGCAACCAAAUGUGACAAUUGGAGUCCUCGUCUCUAUUAUAAUUGUUAUCUUAACUCUUUUAGUGAAGAUCAUCUUUGGUGGGAAGAAGAAGCCUGCCCAAACGGUUGUGGAAACAAAGGAACCUGAUGUUGCUGAGACUUCCAAUGAUCAGGGCAGCACCGAGGAGAAUGAAGAGCAAAAUGAGGAUGCUGCUGCUGCAGCUGCUCCUCGUCGGAGGAGCACCAGGCGUGACACUUAGGGAAUGAAUAAUCAAAAUGGAAGAAAUGAUUCAUGGUCAGCCAACACUAGAUUUUGGACUUACAGACGUUUCCCAUCCCGAAAUAUUUUCACUUCAUGACCUUUUGCAAUUUUUGCUUAUUUAGGUUUGUUAUAGUAGUGUAUGACAAUGUAUAUUAGACAAUCGAAUGAGAUUAUUGUGUUUUCUUUUAACGUGGUUUUACAAUUGAAGAAAUUUUGAAUAUGAUUGUCUCUAGUUUUUUGAA